AUGGCCACUUCCGACUUCUUUCGCGAGCCCUUUACAGUCAAUAGUCCAAAUGUCGUCUAUACAGAGGAUGAAAUCACUUCCAAGUAUACGUACACGACCACACGAGUUGAAGGCACAGUAGCUACGCCUGUUGAAGAAAAGUACACGUUUAAGACACAACGGAAGGUACCGAAAGUUGGAGUUAUGAUUGUGGGUCUUGGUGGUAACAAUGGAUCAACACUAGUGGCCAGUGUUAUUGCCAAUAAGCACCAAAUUACGUGGAAUACGAAGGAAGGGGUGCAGCAUCCCAAUUACUUUGGCUCAAUUACACAGGCCUCGACUGUACGUCUUGGCACGAAUGCUAAUGGCGAGGGCGUCUACAUUCCGUUUCAUAAUCUCUUGCCUAUGGCCGCACCUAAUGAUCUAGUUAUUGGUGGCUGGGAUAUCUCAUCACUUAAUAUGGCUGAGGCUAUGAAGCGCGCGCAAGUACUUGACCAUGACUUGCAGCGUCAGCUUGUGCCGUACCUUGAAAAGAUCAAGCCAUUGCCAUCGAUUUAUUAUCCGGACUUUAUUGCUGCUAACCAGGCUGAUCGUGCUGAUAAUUUGCUAAAAGGCUCAAAGCAAGAAAAUCUCGAUGCUCUUCGUCAGCAAAUUCGUGACUUUAAGCAAAACAAUGGACUUGACAAGGUUAUUGUGCUGUGGUCUGCCAAUACGGAGCGUUUUUCCGAUAUCGUUACGGGUAUAAAUGAUACUUCGGCUAAUUUACUGAAGUCUAUUCAAACAAAUGAAGAUGAAGUGUCUCCCUCGACCAUUUUUGCCGUAGCUUCGAUCCUCGAAGGCUGUUCGUACAUUAAUGGUAGCCCACAAAACACUUUCGUGCCCGGUGUGCUGGAUUUGGCCGAAGAAAAAAAGGUUUUUAUCGGUGGUGACGACUUCAAGUCGGGCCAGACUAAGAUGAAGUCGGUAUUGGUGGAUUUCCUUGUCUCGGCUGGUAUCAAACCCACAUCAAUUGUAAGUUACAAUCAUUUGGGAAACAAUGAUGGCAAGAAUCUCUCUGCGCCGCAGCAGUUUCGCUCGAAAGAAAUCUCCAAGUCGAACGUCGUUGACGAUAUGGUGGCCUCAAACCGCCUGCUAUACAAGGAGAAUGAACACCCAGACCAUGUGGUAGUGAUCAAGUAUGUGCCAUUCGUAGGCGAUAGCAAGCGUGCACUCGACGAGUACACGUCCAAGAUCUUUAUGAAUGGAAACAACACCAUUUCAAUGCACAACACAUGUGAAGAUUCGCUAUUGGCAACGCCAUUAAUUUUGGAUCUCGUACUUGUGUGUGAGCUUGCAGAGCGCAUUACAAUUAAAAAGGAAGGCGCAAAGGACUUUGAGCACAUGCACUCGGUUUUGUCCAUACUUAGCUAUAUGCUCAAGGCGCCACUUGUACCACGCGGGACACCAGUUGUCAACGCACUCUUUGCACAGCGCGAGUGCAUGAUCAACAUCUUUCGUGCCUGCGUUGGUCUUGCUCCUGAGAGUCAUAUGCUGCUCGAAAAUAGGUUGGCUAGCGAGAUAAACACGCGCCAGUAG